CGAUUCGACACAUCGCAAUCGCAUCACCAUCUGGUAUCAUCCAACAACCUCCAACAAGAUUGGGACGGACUACAACAACUAACCAAAUUCUCCCAAAUUGUCGUGCACGCGUGCAUAGUAAUUGAUCAAGUUGAUUACCGACGGCCUGGUUCUCUCUUCGGAUUGGGCCCGCUUGUCAUCAGAGCUAGCUACGUGCUCUACCAAUCGCGCCCGUGUCCCGAAAGCAGCGACAUUCCGAUCUCGACCGACAAGAUAAGCCCUUUGUUCUGCUUUGCACACACGCACAUUACACGCCGCGACGCGACAUCAUACUACAAGUUCACCAAUCGCCCGCUUGUUUGCCCGAGCCGUGAGUCUCAGCCCGUCGUCGCUGCAGCAAAGGAGCAGGUUCCAUGCUGCUUCUUGGAAAAGAUGAGCCAGGUUCUUCCGGCGGCGGCGCAACGGGUCGAUAAUCUAGCUCAGCGCAUGUUUCCGGAAAGACCACAUCAUUUAUCAGUAUCACCAACUCGCCGGUAUCCCGUUCCGCCCGACUUCUUUCACCAAUAUUCUCAACUCGAGUACAUGACCUUCCUCUCCGACACCGAUCGCGGCAUCCUCCUGACCCGACCCUACUAUGACAUACGAGAAGACCAAUCGGAUCCCCUGGCACCCAAUUCCACGAGCGCCAUUCCGCGCUCCGAAACCAAGAAGACAAUGAAUAAAAUGUCCUUUAAAGAUUAUCAGCAAAGCCGAGCAAAGAAGGUGGCCUCGCCAAUGCCUGAGACGAAUUCCGGCGGCCCUAGAAGCGAUGCGCGACAGGGCGGCGCGGACGGCGCAAAACCCAUCAAGGGCUCCCUCAAAGCACCCGAAGGCAGGAGUAAGCUUGAGGAUGUUGCGCCACCUAGGGAGUCGGCGAAUCAGGAUUCCGUCAUCAGAAGACCCAGGAUACCCUCCAAGAACGGACGAAGCCCGUCCCCAACCUCAACCAGGCGGUCGCCAGAACCACCCGAGAGCGACCGACCUCCAAAACGACAGCGCGUCGAUAGUACGUCUUCGAGACCCGAGACCAAUAGGACCCCCAAACCCGAAUCUAGUCAGACCAAGAGGCUUGCACCUGUCGCGGAAGUCGCAGAUCGUCCCAGUCAAAAGGACGUCAAGAGCGCAUCAAAGCUGCUCCUGAAUGGGCGCAGCACGUCGACUUCUCGGAGGGAGCUUUCUCCUCCAAGGCAGUCCGUUAAUGGUUCAAAGGAAAAGAACGGGAGUUCUGCCACUACACGCGCCAGCAAGUCAGAAACGUCUAGCAAGCAAAUAGUCCCGCCUUUACUUUCGCCACUUCGUCUCUCGAUAGACGAUGAGCAAGAAGGUAGAGGCAGGCAGUCUAUAUCAUCAAAAAGACCGCCAGAUGUAUCGUCACAGUCCAAAACAACGAGCACGCCCACAAAACAGAGGAAAUGGUCACUGCCUCCACUCCUUUCUCCUACGCUGCCACCGGUUAUUGAAGAGGAGUUGGCACGUACAAGCAACCAACGGCCUGCAAAUGCGCCCAGCAGCGCAAGGAAAACCGUCAAGCUAGAUAACGAAGAGAUUAUUGAGGAGGAGGAAGACGAUGAGAUGAUUGUUGUUCUCAAGUACAAGAAACGAAAUUCUAUGCGGGUUUCGAGGCUGUUGGCAUUAGAGCCAGCUUCCAAGAAGGAGGCUCUUAAGAAAGAAAGAUCCAUCAGUGCCGAGGUCAAAUCCCCGCCAUCCAAGAAGCGGCCGAGAGUGGCCGAACCAAUUGUGGAACAGGUCGCCUCGAAACGGCCUCGUUCCUCCUUGGACACUAUUUUGGUAUCCAAGGCCCCAGCGCCUUCGACUCCCCUUAAGCAGGCCACAGCCAUGUCCCGAGCCGCAUCUAGCAACUCGCAGGCUCACACUCCUGGUGGGACCAACGGGUUAACGCCGGGUGCUGGUGAUCGUCCACCCACCAGUCACGAGGGGGAUCCCGCCAAGGGGGUCUCUAUGUCGUCCCUCCGACGAAGGCAGAGCGAGUGGACUUCACUGGGCACACAACUCAAGCACAAGCGUGACGGUGUUAUCCGGUCCCAGGGUAGUUCACAGAAUGGCGCAACUUCUGAUGCGCUCAACAGUCUCUCUAGUGGCAAUAGAAAGCAGGUUGCCCUGCUGAGCUUAGAGAUGGUACUGUCUUAUAUGGUUGCGUUCGACGCCAUGAACCAGGCGCGUAGCCUCGACCGGAAAGCAGGUGAUUUUACUAUAUGGGAAUCGCUUCUCCCACAUCUAAUUGAACUUAAGAACUUCACCUCCCCGUACCGGGCACUCGAUGCAUUGAGAAUGCAACUACAUGCCCUUGUGUCAGAUGCGCUCCUGUCAGUAUACUGGCAGCAUGAGCAGGUCUGGGCCAGUGGCGGUGGCAAGACGAAGGCCAUGAGGAACUGUCACCGAGAUGUCACUCUAUACUGGUCAAAGGCACACGAUACACUUGCAAACCUCCACGACGCCACGCUCAGGGCGGAUCUAGGGCCCUGGAGCAGACCCCAGGCUGCCGCGGCUGCGGCGCUUCGGGUGCUUCGUCGCUUCGCGGAAAAAGACGGUAUUAGUUGGCGUGCCGAGCUCAGUCUAGGGAUCUCAAAUGGUGUGUGAAACCUCUGGUCUGUGACAGGGUGAGGAGUCUAAUCUUUUUGGAAUCUGCUCAUCUUAUCUACCUUAUUCAAGGACAUUGAAGGCGUUCUUUGGUGCCUCGUCUGCCUGACAGAAUUUAAUCACGCGGCUUUUCAUUUUUAACCUGCUUGGAAUUUUGUGUAUAUUCAUAUGUUGCUUACCUAUCAUGAUAUCCCCUAUAGCCCUGUCACGAACUGACAGUAAUUCA